CGAUCAAGUUAAGCAGGUCAGUCAAAUUAAUUAUAAUAAUUAGGGUACUGAUGCGUUUAAUUAAAUCAGAGUCGAAAUUAAAGUGGUCUGUCAAAAAGUCAGAUGAUUAAAAUUUACUUGAUUAUUAUAAUUUUUGUUUAUAAAGUGCCAACACAUUCUGUAGUGCUGUAUUCCUGUACAUGGUUUGAAAAUCCAACAUUCGUACGUCUGAUAUUCUCAGCACAUUUUAUAUGUCAGCAUAAGUGGAACACACCUUUGGACUUUGUUUUUUGCCUUAACUUAAAGAGCAGAUGCAUGUCCUAUAAAACGAAAAGUGCUAAUAAAUUCUAAGAAAAAAAUAUGCAAACACACACAAACAGGAGGGAUAUUUUUAAGAGUGGACAUAAAUAUUCUGUGGUUUUAAGAAAGUUUUGUAGUUCUGUGUCCUCUGAAACCUUUACGAUCAUAUUUACUAAAUCACAAUGACCCUCGUACACUGUGUUCUGAUAUUUUGAAUUUAUAUAGCUUUAUACGGUACACCAGGCUGACAGACCCCAACAUAAAGGACCAUGCAAAGAACGGUUGAAGUGCUAUCUGCUUGGUCCUAGUGCCUGUCUCAAAUAGAAAAACUGUCUAAAGACAUGCUCAACUGUGCUAUCAGAUGCAGGACACCAGGAAACAAAAUUGGGACCUACAAUAGGGACUGUUGGGAAAUCUUUGAGAGUAUUGCAGAGUCCCCCAGUUAUGUGCAGUGUGUAUAAGUGAAUUCCAUAGUCCAACAAUAAGAUGCAGUGUCCCAGAAUAAUGUGCAGUGUGUGUUAGUGUAUUACUGAGUGCCCAGUAAUGUUCAGUGUGUGAGUGUAUUACAGAGUCCCCAGUAAUGUGCAGUGUGUGUGAGUGUAUUACAGAGUCCCAGUAAUGUGCAGUGUGUGUGAGUGUAUUACAGAGUCCCCAGUAAUGAGCAGUGUGUGAGUGUGUAUUAGAGUCCCCAGUAAUGUGCAGUGUGUAUUACAGAGUCCCCAGUAAUAUGCAGUGUGUGUGAGUAUAUUACAGAGUCCCCAGUAAUAUGCAGUGUAUGUGAGUAUAUUACAGAGUCCCCAGUAAUGUGCAGUGUGUGAGUGUAUUACAGAGUCCCCAGUAAUGUGCAGUGUUUAUUACAGAGUCCCCAGUAAUAUGCAGUAUGUAUGAGUGUAUUACAGAGUCCCCAGUAAUAUGCAGUAUGUAUGAGUGUAUUACAGAGUCCCAGUAAUGUGCAGUGUGUGUGAGUGUAUUACAGAGUCCCCAGUAAUGUGCAGUGUUUAUUACAGAGUCCCCAGUAAUAUGCAGUAUGUAUGAGUGUAUUACAGAGUCCCAGUAAUGUGCAGUGUGUGUGAGUGUAUUACAGAGUCCCAGUAAUGUGCAGUGUAUGUGAGUGUAUUACAGAGUCCCCAGCAGGGCUGCCAUCGGAAAAGUUCUAAGUGUGGGCCCCCUGGGCCCGCCCCCGAGGAUGCCCUGUGUGGUGUGUAAAAUGGAUACAGAUUGCACAUUUGUAUAACGGAUGUAGUUUUGUGUGUUUUAGAUAAAGUGUUUCUGUUGUGGUUUUAGUGUGUGCAUGGUGAAUGCAGUGUGUGUUUGUGUUGUGGUUUUAGUGUGUGUAUGGUGAAUGCAGUGUGUGUUUGUGUUGUGGUUUUAGUGUGUGUAUGGUGAAUGCAGUGUGUGUGUUGUAGUUUUAGUGUGUGUAUGGUGAAUGCAGUGUGUGUUUGUGUUGUGGUUUUAGUGUGUGUAUGGUGAAUGCAGUGUGUGUUUGUGUUGUGGUUUUAGUGUGUGUAUGGUGAAUGCAGUGUGUGUGUGUGUUGUGGUUUUAGUGUGUGUAUGGUGAAUGCAGUGUGUGUUUGUGUUGUAGUUUUAGUGUGUGUGUGGUGAAUGCAGUGUGUGUGUUGUUGUUUUAGUGUGUGUAUGGUGAAUGCACUGUGUGUGUUGUUGUUUUAGUGUGUGUAUGGUGUAUGCAGUGUGUGUUGUGGUUUUAGUGUGUGUAUGGUAAAUGCAGUGUGCGCAUGUGUUGUGGUUUUAGUGUGUGUAUGGUGAAUGCAGUGUGUGUGUUGUGGUUUUAGUGUGUGUAUGGUGAAUGCAGUGUGUGUGUUGUUGUUUUAGUGUGUGUGUGGUGUAUGCAGUGUGUGUUGUGGUUUUAGUGUAUGUAAAUGUGUAAAAUAGGGGGCUGCAUUUGGGGGUGGACGGGUGGGAGGGGAGCCUUUUUGGUGGCAUUUACAUUUUAUUCCCCCCUCCCUGCUUCUUACCUGGAAAGGGAGGAGGGAGAUCGCAUCCCUGGUGGUCUGGUGGUAAAGUGGAGGGAGCCAGCCGCUGUAGAAUGUAGACGGGGACCAGCCAGCACAUCUUAACUUUCCAGCACCUCCUGCCUGUAACUCUCGUGAGCUGUGCCUGUUUGCCGCGCAUAUCGUUGCCAUGGUAACCUGUGAAAACUCUCUGCAAGCCGCGGAGCUCGCGACACUUACAGGCACAGGAGCUGCUGGAGAGUUAAGAUGCGCUGACUGGUCCCUGUCUACAUUCUACAGGUAGCCGGGGCCCGUGGUGAACAUAUAGAUAGCGAUAAUCACUAUUUAUAUGUGCACAAAUGGAAUGUGGGGCCCGGGACUCCCAGAGCAGUCCGGGCCCCCCAGGACCACCGGGCCCAUGACAAUGCCCUGAUGGCGGCCCUGGUCCCCAGUAAUGUGCAGUGUGUGUGAGUGUAUUACAGAGUCCCUAGUAAUGUGCAGUGUGUAUUACAGAGUCCCCAGUAAUGUGCAGGGUGUAUUACAGAGUCCCAUUAAUGUGCAGUGUGAAUUACGGAGUCCCCAGUAAUGUGCAGGGUGUAUGACCCACGCACACUAACAUAUAUACACACACAUAUUCUGACCCAUACGCACACUGACACACAGACAGUGACCCAUUGGGCUCCCUUUCUGGAGGUACGCCUGCAGGAUGACAUUAUGUGACCAAGGGAGAACCGGCGCUGGAGAGAAGAUGAGUAAAUACGUGUCACUUUAUAUUAUACAGCUCAUGGGGGAUGGAGGGUCACCCUCCACACCAGGCUCAUGUCUGUGUGUUAGUGAUGUUCGGUGUGGGUGGAUUAUUGCAUCAUUCUGCCUUUCACCAUUCAUGUUUGUGUCAUUCAACAGUCUGUUCACCAGAUUUUGUAAGUUUAAAGCAAACAUAGCCAAGUUGAGAGAGUUCUAAUUUCGAGUUACUAACGACUUUUUCUAACAACUUUGAAAUUAUUUUAAAAAAAUUUUCCAAGUCACCUGUCACCUCUAUGAGAAGCCAGUGAUUGGACCGCGUGAGGCCCUGUCUAAAGUCAUCGCUGGUUUACAAAAACUUUUUUUUUCCAGGUUUAUUGCCAAGUGAAGGGGGAGAACCUAUUAGUAGUACCAAUUAAGGUAUUUCAGAAACUUUUUUUUAUAAAAAGUUUCCCCUAAAAAAGUGUUGGAGUAACUGAUCCACUUUCUUGAACGCUACCAACUAUAUGGAGUAUGUAGUGCUUUAAGGACAGAGCAAAGAUUUCUGUGACUUGUAGUUCAAUUGUCAACUUUCCACAAGCCAAGUCAUUUCAUAAUUUACUUGUGUAUUUUGGAGCAGAAAAGGAAUUAAUUCUAGUUGGGAGGCAGGAACAGAAAAGGUGGCCCUGCAGACCAAAAUCAGUACUUACUAAACUCGGAAGAAGUUUAAUUUACGUAAAUACCUAAGCCAGCCUGCAUAGUCCACCUGCGUAGCAUGCAAUACAUUAUAGACGUAUUGUAAAUGCUUUCUAAAAAAUAAAAAAUAAAGCAAUACAAAUUGUAGAAAUAAAUGAAUAUUGUUUAGAUUUUCACAAAUGUAUCACAACCAAAUCAAUAUUCUUAUGGAGUGGAUUGGGCUGGACGGGGUUACAUUGAAUUUUGAGUAUUUAGAGUAAUUGCAAUGUUGCACUAGGUAAACACAACAUUUUCUAUGUAUUAGAGAAACAUUGAACUUUGGCUGCUCAGCCCAUCCUGUGUUCCACUAAACAGUUAAUGGUUUAAGAGUGGGAGGGAGAUUCUUAGUACUAGUAUCCUUCUACAUCCUUGUCUGCUUCUAUCCCCAUGAAACAAUUAAUGCAUAGCUCAGCCAUGUUAUCUACUGUCUCCAGUCUCUGCAGGCAGUCUCUGGGCAGGAGAAGGGGCGUCUUGCUGCUGCAGACAUGCAGGGUGACUGGGACCCAGAACAGGACCAGAGCAGGGGCUGCAGCUGGGGUAGUAGAGGGGGAAAAGAAAUUAAAGACAUUUGAUGAUCUGCCUGGACCCUCAAUGCUACAGAACCUCUACUGGUUCUUUCUAAGAGGAUACAUUCUGCAUACUCACCAGUUACAAGUAAGUUGAUCUAAAACACCUGGGGGAGUGGGGUGUGUGGGGGAGUGGGGGCAUUUACUAUUCAACUAACUAAAAAAAUGAAUAAUACAACUAACUAGUUAACUAAAAAAAAUAUAAUAAACUUAACCAACUAACUAAAAUAGUACAAAUAAAACUAACUCAACAAAAAAAAUUUAAAACAAAAAUUAUUAUCAUAAAAUUAAACUAACUUAAAACGUUCUUCUUGAAAGUAACCGUGUGCAAAAAAAGUCUCAAUUAAGUACACUGUGUCCAACAUUCAUCGUUUGCUGUAAGAUAGCGAAUAAAUAAACUGCGAAUAAACCGUCCGACCGGGCAAUGUGCUAAUAUCGUUAUAGUUAUAGUUUAGGAAUAUAUGUAUAUGUACAGGAAUGUAGUUCGUAAAAUAUUCAAAACAUGCUAUUGGUUUCUAUGGUGAUUUCUCCGUAUUUAGCACUUUGUCUAGAACAGGACCUGUUUUGCUGUGAUAGAUGUUCCCCAGGAAGAGAAACCAAAUUUAGGGAGAUGUUUAUAAAACAAGGCAAAACCGGUGCUAUUCUGGGGCAAAGUAUGUUGCAAGGCAUUCUAUUAAUUCCCACGGUGAAUAUAUAUAUCAACAUAAUUUUAGUUUUGUCUUAUUUUAUUUAGUUUUCAUGUGCUUUAGAAAAAUAAAUAAAUAAAUAAAUAAAAUGGUGUGUAAGAUAUACAGGUCACUGUUUGCAUACACAAUCUCGUUGGUUUACGGUGAUGUACAUUUAUUUUAUUUAACCUGUUUUACUCUCCAUCGAACCACGUCAAACGUUUUAAACAAAAUAUCGCCCUAAUUCUUAGUAAAUGUCUAGUGUUACGCUUUAUUUAGUACAUACCGACAUUGAUUAUAUUGAGCAGUACAUACAGAAGCGAUAUAUAUAUAUAUGAUUAUUUAUUUAUUUAUUUUUUAAUCCUGAGAGCAAGAAAUACAAUUUUUUUUGGACCAAAUGCCCAUGUUUUUCAGAAUGUUUUUCAGUUCAGCGGUUUUGGACUAAAAGUGUCUCUAUUCUCACGGGUUCCCAACAAUUCUCUCUUUUAGGGUGUAACUCUGAAUAUUUAUGUUUUCGACUAAGGUUGCCCACAAGGUAGAUCCCCAGAUGCUUUAAAACUACAAUUUCUAUGAUGCUUUGCCAUUCUAAAGGCAUUCCAAAGCCAUGCAAAGAAUCAUUGGAGUUGUAGUUCUAUAACACCUGGGGAUCUACCUUUUGGGCACUCCUGUUUUAGACCCUGCACUAGUCCCGUUCUUUACACUUUGUAAUAUAGGUUGUAGUAUAGAAUAUCAUUCAUCUCUGACCUUGUAAUAGCCCAUAUAUUGAUUAUAUGAGAGGUCUUAGGGUUCAGCAGUGUUUGCAUGCGAUAAAGUAAAGUUUGUGAAUUAUUGCAUCAUGCCAGACUGGUACGAAUGUCAUUUAAGGGCAUUCUACCCUGGUCAAUAAAGAGUGCGCCUCUCAACAUUUCAAAUGGACAAAAAGGAGCGUGUCUAUUCUGAGAAAUUUGUGGUGACUUACUAAUAACAGUUUAUGCACAAUGUAUCUUAUUUACACAGACAUAUUUCUAGUCCUAUCUCUUACAGGGGCGGAUCCAGUAUCUAAACUCAGGAGGGGCACUGGUAGAUUAUUUUCAAAGGAACAAUCCAGGCACAAUAACCACUGCAGCUCUCUGUAGUGGUUAUGGUGCCAGGAGUGCCGUGACGCCCUCCCUGUUUAAGAACAGUUUAAUAACUUACAUUUGAUCUGCCAUGACAGGGGCUGUAAUAAGGGAUAGGGCUUGUAGUAGAUGAUAGGGGCUGUAGUGUGUUUGUGUGAGGGAGGGGUGCAAUGCGUGUGAGUGGUGAAGUGUGCAUGUGUGAGGGGUGAAGUGUGUGUGUGAAGAGUGCAGUGUGUGUGUGGGGUGCAGUGUGUGUGUGUGGGAAGGGUGCAGUGUUUGUGUGUUUUAGGGGUGCAGUGUGUGUGAGGGGUACAGUGUGUAAAGGGGAAGUAUGUGUAUAUGUAAGGCAGGGUGUGUGUGUGUGUGUAGGACGGUAUGUAUCGUAUAGGGCAAUGUGUUUGUGUAUGUGUAGGACAGUGUGCAUCGUAUAGGGCAGUGUGUGUAUGGAGGGCAGUGUGUGUGUGGGGGAGCAUUGUGUGUGGGAGGGCAAUGCAUGUGAAUGGGUAGGAAGUUAUUGCAUAUGUGUGUGUGGGGGGAGGUAGGUGGGGCAGAUUAAAGCAAAUAUAUCACUCCCUCCUUUACAGGAUAUUAGAAGAACUCUAACCAAGCUCGCGAGAGGAGAACCCGGCUGAGAGGCAAGCUAGCGAUCCCGGGUUCUCUAUCCCUACCCUGCCAGCCGCCCAGCAUAGUGCCUGUGGGCCUCUGAGGGAAAUCUCUGUUCUCCCCUCGGGUUUGUGAAGGCACACAGUAGGGCUGGCACUUAGAUAGUGCGGGCCUGCAUCAGGGCCGGACUGGGAAUGAAAAGCUGUCCUGGAAAAAAUUCUAUACCCGCCCCAUAAUGCAUUGCGCCAGCAUAGUGCGCUGAUAUGGAAGCGGGAAAAAAAACCUUAAAACUAAAAACUACCACUCAAACGUGAAAGAAAGCACUAACAGGGCUUCAAAAUAAACAAAAGAGCGGAUUUGUUGCAAGCAGACGUGCAUUUGCAUAUAAUCAAUGUGUCAGUACAACUACCUUGAUAUAUUAAGAAAAGUUAAACUGAAAUUGUGAAUGUAUGCUAUUGCACAGCAGUAAAAAAAAAAUACGUUAUCUUGUUUAUUUUGAAGUAACAAGAGUGUGCUCUUCACUUUGGGUGAAAACUGGAUGAUUUCACUCAACGCCAAUUCAAUUCCCAUCGGAAAGCAUUGGGGGGCUAUUGCGUAUGUGUGGCAAAAUGCUGGGCUUCACCGCACCAAUCAGCAUCUCCUCAUAGAGAUGCAUUGCAUCAAUGCAUCUCUAAGGGGAGCAUUCAGCGCCUCCAUGCAGAGUGUGGAGAUGCUCAACUUAGGUGCUGCACAACUGGACUUGAAAGCAGUUCUAGUGGCCGUCUGAGUGACUGUCACAAGAGAUGUUUCUAGGCGGCAAUGUAAACACUGCCUUUUCUCUGAAAAGGUAGCAUUUACAGUGCUCAGGGACAGGCUAUAGACACCAGAACCACUACAUCAAACUGUAGUAGUUUUGGUGACUACAGUGUGCCUUUAAUACGAAGUCUUUCUCUCACCGGUCAACUCUAAAUUACAGGGACAGCAGGAGACACAAGUGAAGAUGCAUUUUGUUUGUCUCUUUCUCCCCCAAGCCUCUUUCAUGUGUCAUUAGCCCCAGCCCCUUUGACUCUUUCACCCCUUCCCCAGCCCUUCUGUUAGUCUCUUUCUGAGGCCGCAGCACUCCAUGUGUCUCAUUAGCCUUCCAUGUGUCUCAUUUCACCCCCUCCAGCCUUACAUGUGUCUCAUUAGCCCGCCAUCCCUCCAUAUUUCUUAAUCCAUCCCCCAGCCAUCUAUGUCUCAUUCCAUUCCCCCAGCCCUCCAUGUUUCUCAUUAUCCCCUCCCCCCCCACCUUCAUGUGCCUUAUUAUCUCCCUCAGUCCCUCCAUAGGUCCCUUUACCCCCUGACAGCCCCCUCCAAGCCCUUCAUGUGUCCCUAUAGCCCCCAGCCCUUCAUGUGUCCCUAUAGCCCCCAGCCCCCAUGUGUCACAUUAGUUCCCCCCCAACCCACAUGUGUCCCAUUAGUUCCCCAGUGCCCCAUGUGUCCCAUUAGUUCCUCUGCCUAGCCCCAUGUGUCCCUCUAGCCCCCAUGUGUCACAUUAGUUCCCCCCAGCCCCCAUGUGUCCCAUUAGUUCCCCUGCCUUGCCCCCAUGUGUCCCAUUAGUUCCCCUGCCGAGCCCCCAGGUGUCCCAUUAUUUCCACCCCAGGUGUCCCAUUAGUUCCCCAGCACCCCAUGUUUCCCAUUUGAUUCCACCCAGCUCUCCCUGUACCCUGCUGUAGCGUGGCCGAGCAGGCAGAACGCGGUGGAAGAGCACCUGCUCACUGUACCCGGUCUGACUGGAAACAGUUCUGGCAAAACACUGCGCUUCGCCAAUCAGCAUCUCCUUGUAGAGAUGAAUUAUCUAAAAAAAAAUAGAAAUGAAUUAGCUAAAAAUAAGUUUGUCCUGGAAAGAUUAUACAACAGUACAAGGCAGUGCCUCUAGUGGCCGUCCGAAUGACUGAUUGUCUGAGUGAUGGCCAUUAGACUACUAGGAACAGUGUAACGGGGGACUGGGGGAGCCGAGUUUAAGGCUUUAUAUUAACCAGAUCUCUAAUUGUUGCCAUUACUAAGGAGCAGCAAUGGGCAUUUGGUUAGUUUGUUGUUUUUUUGCUACACAGAGCUGGUAACCUAUAGACUGCUUGUUAUCUGCCCUUCCUGCUGCUCAAACAAUACAUUUCAGGAAUUUCCUGCAUUUGACAGUCGCACCCUGUAGAUGAGAGCUAUUUAUUGCCGCUUUAGAAAUCUUUAUCAGCAAGAAACAAAGUAACAAUGUAUCCACUAAAUAAAGAAUUACGGAGAACUAACAAAUAAAUAAAUAAAUAAAUAAAGCAAAUUUUAUUCCUAUAAUACUAAGAUUCAGCAAUUGUUCUAACUUGAUUAUUUUGGUAUAAAAACAUUUAUUUUGUUAAUUUUCCACAAUUAUCAAUUAAGUAAAUGCAGUCUCUUUUUUGCUGCAUGACAUGACGCGCAUUGUUUGAACAGUUUAAACUCUUAUUAAAGGGGCACUCCAGACACCAUAACAACUUCAGUGGAUUUAAGUGGAUAUGGUACCUGUAGUCAUUAGGUGCCAGGUCCUCCAUCACAAAUAUAUGGUUUACUCACCAUUUAGUAGAGAUUCUCGGCCCCUGGAAGACUGCAGCCCGUCCUCCAGUGACCAUAUGACAUUGCUGGAAGAGCACGUCCGCCUCACGCCAUACCUGUUCAUGCCAGAGAUUGGGGCAGUGAUUGCCAAGAGCGCCCAGGUGACGGAUUCAGAAAAUCACUGGCUACUACCCUUAGUAUGUUGUGAAGCAGAACAUAACGCUGUCUCUACUAUAUGUUACAUAUAAGGUCAGGCUUCAGGCUGCUGGGAACAGAGAACGGUGAGUAAACUGUAUAUUAGUGAUUCAGGACUGUGGACUCCAGGCACCAUAACCACUUCAAUUAUUUGAAGUGGUUAUGGUACCAACAGUGUUCCUUUAAAAAAGCAUUUAACUUAGAAACACAUGCGAAUUUCAGCAAUGUUUUAUGUACCUUGACAUAUGAAUAUAUAUUAUGCUUAGAUACUAUUUAAAUCUAAAUUAUUAUAUAAAUGAUAUAUAAUAUGUAUUAUGGAAUGAAUUUGAAUCAUAUACACUACCGGAAAACAUGUGCAUAAUAUUACAUCUUGUGUAAUAGAUACGUGUAGAAUUGGUAUAAAACUAGCUAAAUACAUUCAAAAUAACGUAACAUUUCAAUAUAACGGUUCUUCCAGUGACAGUUAGCCGGUCAAAAAUGUAAUAGACUGUGUUUCAUUCAUAAACAAAUUGAUUGGUGCGAAUCAAACUCUUUUAAUCCACAUCCGAAAGAAUCGAUUCCCUCAGAAAAUAACUCGAUUCAUGUGAUGAACAUACAUGUGCGAUGCGUUGUGGGAUUGCAUGUUGAAGUUUGUUAAACCAUCACCGUGGUUGUAACGGGCAUAGUAAGGUAAAUAAACAUUUUGCCACAGAAGGGACUGGAUCUCUUAGCAGAUAAGCAUUUGCUCUUCUACUCAAUAGUAAUUCCUCCAUUGAAGUUUAUAGGAAAAUUGCUAUUCAGUAGGCAGAGCAAACCAUUACUGUGCUAAUAGAAUCCCGGUCUAGGUUUUGAUCCAUGCAUUUGCUGGCGAUUUUAACUUAUUAAGAUUAUUGGUUUGUACUCAGUAUUUAGCCAGACAUAGAAAUUGCCCCAAACAUCUCCAUUUUGUAUCUUAACAGCUGAUAUAUAAGAAGCGAUAUGGACCACUCUAUAAGUCCGUUUUGGGAAAAUUCAAAAUGAUAAACGUAGCCGCCCCUGAAAUUUUGGAAAUAAUGCUCAGACAGGAAGGUAAACAUCCCCAGAGAAAUGUGUAUGAGAGUGACUUGUGGAAGGCACAUCGGGAUAAGAGGAAGAUUGCCUAUGGACCGUUCACACAGUAAGUCAACCUCCUCAUCCAGAUUAUCUUGUAUCAGGUGACCUCUACAAUAGGGGAAUAAAUACUCGGCAACCAAAAAAAAAUCAUAUAUUGUAGUGGAUCUUGUAAUAAAAUAAGGAAAGGGGAAAUCGAAGAGAGAGAAUUCCCAAUAUGCUUCAAUCUCUAUCAGCAUUAAUUUACAAUGUGUACAAAUAUGUUUGGAUCUGGUUCUGUAACUCGGCUGUGCAGCUAACCCCUAUUUAUCUACACUGCAAUCUAUUUUUUUUAAAUCAGUUUUGUUUCAUACUUGUUCACUUUUGCAGACAAUGAGUUGACACGUCAUUUUUUAUUGCUUGAAUUUUCUCGAUAAUUAUUGAUACCAUAUAAUUGUAUUUACUAACCCUAUCCAUACUGCUCUGAAAUAAAUGUAUUUGUAUUGGAAUUUCCGGGCCAGUAAAAGUAAUAAUGUGUGCAUGGAGUGUAGGAUUAUUUGUGUUUUUUUAAUAUAUGUAAUAUAUAGAUAUAUUUAUAAAAUCAGUAAAUUCUGCUCCCCAGGUAUGGACAUAAAUGGCAUUCUCUGCGGACAGUGUUGAAUAAAAGGAUGUUAAAGCCGGCUGAUGCCAAGAGCUAUGCUGGGAGCAUCAAUCUGAUUGUUUCCGAUUUCAUGGACCGACUUCAGAAUUCGCGUAAGGAGAGUCCAUCAGGCGACAUGGUGUACGACGUAGCAAACGAACUCUACAAAUAUGCUUUUGAAGGUACUCAAAGUAUAAGUUGAUGAAACCCUGCUUCUAUUGUAUAUAUUGAUUUACAGAUAUUACCUGGCUAACAUUUAUUGAAUCCCUGUGCCUUCCUCUACUCUAUAGUUAUUAGGCAUAUUUCUGGAAUGGAGUAGACAGGGGGAGAAGACAAUGCCGAUAUCUACUUUGUACAUCUUAUGGCAGACUGCUUGGACACAGUUCUCCUUUAUCUGCCGCUAAAUGAAAGAGCUACGUAUAAAUUAUAUGGGUUAGCAUUUAGUAUUGCCCUAUACAAGGAGUAGGCAACCUUUCAGAAGUACCGUGCCAAAACAAGAUAUUAAAGUCCCUUGGCGUGCCAAUCCUUUUUUUUUUUUUUCAGUACAUGUUGCUGUAUCCUGCUUGUGUUAUUUAUGGCAGCUGCAGUUACUUUGUAGUGUUGUUUUUGUGCGUAUGUGGGCAUUUAUAUUGUAUAUGUUCAUAAGUAGCUUAUGGUAUUGUGUAGGUUAUCUCUGAAUUUGGGCUGCUUGUGGAAUUGUGUGUGUGCAUGAUAUGUCACGUAUUGUGUUUGAUGGUGUGUGUAUGUGGGAGCUGCUUGUAGUUUUGCAUGUGAGGCUACUUAUGGGGUUGUGUGCGUGUAUGUGGUUUGUCAGUGGUGUUGUGUUUGUGGGAACUGUGUGUGUUUGUGUGUGGACUAUUUGUAUUAUUUGUAUGAGGGGGAGCCUUUUUCUGCAGCUGUGUGGGUGGCAUCCCUGGGGUCCAGUGGGGACCAGGCUGGCAAAGUGUAGGUCAGGGACAGGAGAUGUAAUCGCUGCUGCGGACUGUUCUACUCCAAAGUGGAUAAAUCUUCAAAAGUGCUAUGAGGAAGUGAUCUGAGAUCACCAAAGUCCCACUAAGUCUCUCGAUAAGGCAGAGCCUGUUUAGCUCUGACAGCAUUGAGGCCCGAGCAAAGAUACCAAUAGUGCCAAGCAUGAAUCACAUACCAUAGGUUGCCGACCCCUGCCCUAUACUAUAGCAUGCAUUUUCAACGUUGUUUCCCUUUAAAGAGAAUGUAUUACUAUCCAAGUGAAGUGCUGGCAUAAGACUCUGAGCACAUCAUUCAAUAUUUCACUAAUAUUUGGGUUAUUAGCCAUCAAUCACUACCUUAGUCAGUAUAUAUUAUUCUCUUUUUUUGAAAGUGAAUGAAAUGCAAUAUAGGCACUUCUUAAAUGUAUGUAUACCUGGUUGUUCACUAAAUAAUAUUUUAGUUUUCUCUUUCCAUAAAACAGAUAAAAACAAAUCUGAAAUAUAUAUAUUAAAAAAAGUAGAUAGAAAUAUAUGUACUGUUUGAUUUAAUGCAGGCAAUCUGUUUUCAAACUGAACAUUUGUUAAUGUAAACUCGCAUGACAAACAACAGAUUGCCUCGUUCUGAUCGAUUAUGUAUUUGUGUCUUCAAAAAAAGAGACACAACCACUUUUUUUUCCCACCGUGAGAAAUAAAAAAUAAAUGUCUGAUCUGACAUGUAUGUAUCAUGUGAAAAUAUAUUAACAAUAUGCAAUCCCAGAACACGGAAACAGCAAGAAAAUUAGGAAAUAAAAUCCUGUUUGCAAUCUGAUUUAUUUGAGAAAAUAUCUAAAUGAUGGCUCACAUGACACAAUGCUCCGGCUUAUGUUGCCUUUGAGUGUGUAGGGCAGGGACCUUCACACAUCAGGUGUAAAUAGCUGUACUUAAAGGGACACUCCAAAUCCCAAGCACAAAACAUAAAAAAAUCACUGUUAAAUAAAUACAUUGCUAAUUAAAACUUGCGUUUAGUUAAUUAUGCAUUUUUUUCAUUGGUUGUAUAUUUAAAAAAUAUUCUUCCCCAACCCAGACUUUCUGUAGCUGUCCAAUCACAGCCUCCCCAAUGUAACUCAAUGAUAAGUCUUUGCAAGGCAUUUGCCCUGGGCAAUUGCUGCAUCUUAAGUUUAGUUCCACUGAGCUAAACACCCAUGUAGUCUUCACACACAAAGCAGUGUAAGUCCCUUUAAACUUAGGUCAGUGUAAGUCCCUUUAAACUUAGACAGUACAAGUUAUGUGAAUUCAGAACACAAGUAAGGCAAACUCUCAAGUGUCCUGCAUGGUCACAGGUGGGGACUGUCCACAACCUUUCAGUCUUAUUAUCAGGACUAAACUUGAGACAUGCAAGUAUGCGCUAUAUAAUGGGCUUUCUCACACAAUGUAGUUUUUUUUGCACGCUCAGGAACUUUAGUCAGUGUCCAUAGAAUGGUUGGCUGACUGGCCAAUAACGUGUCCGUAUAAUGUGCACAUGCAUCGAAACACCCCUUUAUUUGCUCAUAUUUUUAUGAGUGUGUCAUCACCCACAUUAUUUUAAGGCUAUUCACCUGAGUCGUUAUGAAUUCAAUCAGAGUUAUUUACUAAAGUGAGAAUUAGUGGGGAUUCAAAGUGAAUUUAAAAUGUUAAGUCCGACAUUGCGGAACUAGAAAAUUUCUCCAAGAAAACUGAGCUUCUAGUUCAACUUCUGUAGCUUUAAACUUGAAAUAAACUUUGAACUCCUAACAAUUCCCCCUUCAGGCCUGUUAGUGUUAAUAAAUGGUUACCUUUAUUUUUAAUGCAAAUUACGUUGUUUUUUUCGUUCCCAGGAAUCUCGUACAUAGUGUUUGAAACUCGAAUCGGCUGCCUGGACAAGCAGACUCCCCCAGAGACUCAAAAGUUUAUUAAUUCCAUUUGCCAGAUGUUUAAGAAUUCGGUUUAUGUCACAUACCUGCCCGUUUGGACAAGGCGAUUUCUGCCAUUUUGGGAUCUGUACCUCGAAGGAUGGGAUAAUAUUUUUGAGUUUGGUGAGUAUAAGUUAAAAUGUUAUUUACAAUUGUUCACUUCUUUGUGAUCUUUCUGUUUUUGCAAAUCGGGGAACAUGCUUUACACGAGAGCUCUUGCUGUUUGCCUCUAUUUCCCUACAAACAUGACUUUCUUUAUUGGCAACAUUCCACCAAUUAAAAUAAUUUUUGUGGAGAUUGUCAUUAUUGUCAUGCAUUUAUAUAUGCUAAUAAUUCCCAGCAGGUGCAGAGUGAGCAACUGACAAGGUUUUGAUAGAUCCUCCAUUUAUUUUACCUUCAUCCCACAGCCCAUGGUAUGUCGUAGGGAGUGGAUGGGCUCUGUAGCUGCCCACCUGCUCUGAUUUUUAACCUCUCACCCACAGCUCAUUGCUGGAAGACAUUGGGUGUCUGACUUUGGGCAGACCCUUCCUAUAGUUCACUAUGUAUCCACAUUCAGUAAUCUGAUGAGCUGAGGGGAUUAUAGCUCCUAUAGGUGAGGGACACUAUUUGACUGCUCAGGCCUUUCAAAUGCUCAGAUUCUUAAUGACUCAAACACACUUUAUAGGGAUUUAAGAAAGAGCCCAGACCUCCUAUCUUUUUAACUAAAUGAAUUAUCAAGAAUGAAUGCAUGAAAUGAAACGUGUAAUUUGUUUGUGGAAUUCUGACACAUCGAUAUUUGUUCAUUCAUGAUUUGGAUUUAACAAACAAAUAUCCCACUGUUUGGUUGCAAUUCCCAAAUCUAAUCUGUAUAAGGGCGAUCAAUCUCUCCUCCAGGCAGGAAGAUGGUGGAUAAGAAGAUGCAGGAGAUACAAUCCAGGCUUGAGAAAGGAGAAGAAAUAGAAGGAGAAUAUUUAACGUACCUGCUCUCCAGUGGGCAACUGACCAAUGAUGAGGUGUACGGCAGUGUCUGUGAGCUGCUUCUAGCUGGAGUCGACACUGUAAGUUACUAAUAGUCCUUAAACUUGAUCCAUUCCUAACAUGGGGUAACGGCUCACAAUACAGUGUCCUAGAGCAAGAACCGGACUUUGUACCAUGAGCAAUCAGCUCAUAAACUAAUCAGCUCUCAAUAACCUUGGCAACAAUUAAAUUCAUUGGUUUUCCAUACCCUUAGCAUUCAUCAGCUGUUAAUAUAAUACAAGGACACGGAUCUCGAGAGCUGCCACAUAGAUUGCUCUUUAUCGACCUUUUACAGGCUGGGCCAAAAUUCAGAAUAGGGUUUGAGGAGUCAAUACAUUUUUCAUUAAUUAACCGAUUUCAUUGAUAUUACAUACAAUGAAUGCUUAACGUAUGGAGAUUGGUUUGACUAGGUACGGAAAGUGGCAUCUUUUAAAUGAGCUCCAUUUACCAUCUCUUUUGAUUGCUUUUCUCAUAACAUUGGUAAAGGUCCAAUAUAGGCACCCAGACCACUUCAGCUCAAUGAAGGGUGCCAGGUCCAUCUAGUGUUAACCCUGCAGCUGUAAACAUAGCAGUUUCAGAGAAACUGCUAUUUUUCACCGAGGGUUUAUCCAGCCUCUAGUGGCUCUCUCACUGACAGCCGCUAGAGGCGCUUCCAUUGUCUUCCUACCUUUAAGUCAUCUGAAAUAUUUCAUUGUUUCUUUGUGAAAUUACCCAUGAUGAAUCUCCCAAGACAAAAAAAUCAAACUACUAACAAAUAAGUUACUUACCUGCCAAAUCCUAUGUGAAUUUUGACCCACCCUUUAUAUGCAAAUAAACCAUUUGAAGUACAAUACAAUACAAUAUAUUUAAAGGAAAACAUUUAUGACCGUCCAUUAAGCUUACUUGUGUUCCUCAGACCUCCAACACGCUGUCCUGGUCACUUUAUCAUUUGGCAAGAGACCCAGAACUUCAGCAAUCUCUGUAUGAAGAGGUGAUCAAGGCUGCCCCCAUGGAUCGUAUCCCCACAGCUGACGAUAUUCCAAAAAUGCCCCUUUUAAGAGCAGUAAUCAAGGAGACACUGCGGUAGGUUAUGAUCAAACCUGGACUACCACAUUGAUAGAUCCAUUGUAAAAAUAGUCUCCAAAUGUGGUUUCCAUGUGAGAUGCUGCAAUCGAAAUAAAAGGUCCUAGUAAUUGUUUAUGAAUAUUUUCUAAUGACAUAAAAACAAUGAGUUAUUAAAGACAAAUAUGUAGUAGGAUAUAAAUAUAAUGCUAUAGACUCUAUAUGGAACACAAAUUGGUGGUUACUGUGCAAAGUGAGCUUGCAGAUAUGGUUGAGUGCAGAAAAGCAGCUACACACUCCAGUGGGUGCUCUCUAAUCCCCACUAAAUAUAGUAUUGAACCAAAGUGAGUUUAGUAAAAUCCGGAUAUAACAUCCAGACUCUAUUAAUCAAGUGAUUGGAGUGCUAAGAAUAUACACUUACCCUAAAAUAGGGUUGAAACUCAGAUGUACAUUUGAUACAUACAAGGUAAACAAAAGAAUAAAAAACAAUAUCGUGUAAAUCCACAAAGGAUAAUAUAGUUAAGUGAUGUCUUAAAUACUCAAACUCACAUGGAUUAGAGCCUCUGAGGGACAGGCACAAAUCGCUUUCACAGUAGUUUCUAUAUGGAACACGACUACAUAGUAACAUAACUAAACACAGUAGUCAUCAUUUUGAAGCUGUAAGUAUAUUUGCUUAUUUCUUUUUCUUCAUAGGCUUUAUCCUGUCAUUCCAACAAACGCAAGGAUUGUAAACGAGAAAGAAGUUGUGAUCGGAGACUAUCAGUUUCCCAAAAAUGUAAAUGUCAUAUCUCUCUACUGCAAACGUCGAUAUCUUGGAUAGAGUGUGGAUUAGAGAUGAAAAAAACCCCAAUGUUUACAACAUUUACGGCUUCUCUAGAUUUGCUCCUUAUAAAUCAUGCAAGACAGUGAAAUUACUGGAAUAUUAGAGGUUAAUCUGCUGUAUGUCAGAAUCUUGAGUUCCUUCAUGUCAUCGUGGACUCAGCUAACACCUUCCGAGGUUGAUACAGUGACAAAUUAAGUUGGGAAAUAAUAACAUCUUGUUCCCAGGUUUUAGUUGAUACUAGUAGAAUCUAAAUAUAUAUUUCCUGAUUAAAUAGUUUGAUAUUAUUAAAGGACUUGGUCUAACACAUUUGGUUGUGAAAGAAGAGAAUAUAAAAUGUUUUGUUUUUAUUUUUAUUCAUUUCUGUUAAAUAGUUAUCUUGGCUAAUCGUGACAAGUUUCCUAUCAGAUGAAGAACAUUUUGUUAAUCAAUAAUUUGCGCCUUAUUCUAGCUAUGGUCCUGGUCUGUGUUUGAAAACCAUAUAAAAAUGCCCCACUCUGGAGUCUUCUCACAUGUUUGUUUCUUUUCUUGCAGUCUCUCUUUGUUCUGUCUCAUUACGCGAUAAGCAGAGAUGAAAUUAAUUUCCCGGAUCCUGAGAAGUUUGUGGCCCAACGGUGGCUGAGGGAUGGUGGGAUGAAGCAACAUCCAUUCAGUUCUGUUCCCUUUGGGUAUGGGGUCCGAGCUUGUUUGGGGCGCCGUAUUGCUGAGCUGGAGAUGUACUUGGCUUUAUCACGGGUAAUUUUCAUGCAUCAUGGGUGAUAAGUUUAAAUAUGAUUUCUCUAGUUUCUUUGUCCAAGAAGGGCCCCUCAAAGACCAACUUGAGAUAUGCAGGCGAUGCACAGCCAUUUUUAAAAAAAAAUUGUAAUUGCACUGCCGGGAGUUGUAUCAUGUUAGACCUCGUCACACUCUUUUUGGAACCUAGCAAUAUGCUCUCAGAGAGACUUCAACUUCCACACAAGAACUGGUACCAUGCUGAUGAUGGCAGUCCAUGGCUGGUUUCUGGUUAUUGAUCCUUUUGGAUCAGAGCCCAUUCUUUGGUUUAAAAAAAAAAGUGUAUAUUCCUAAAGCUAUCUGUGAAAAUGUAUCAUGAGGUCUGAAAAAAGAGGCCUGUCUGUGCAUAUUUACAUAUCAAACUGGUAUCUCUGGGUUAGUUAAGGAAACGUGAUUUCCUGAGUUUCUGUGCCCGAGGAGGACUUCUCAAAAUCCAACUUAAUAUAUGCAGAUUAUUUAUUUUUUUGUAUCUUGAAUUUGAAGUUCACUUUUAAUUCCCACUGUCAGUGCAAAGUUUUCUUAUUUUUGUUACAUCUACUUUAGUUAUGUUGACUUCUAUUGUCUUCUCCAGAUAAUACGUCUGUUUGAGAUUCGACAGGAUCCCACUGGUGGGGACAUCAAAUCCAUAGCUCGCAUUGUUUUGACUCCAAGUAAGCCAAUCAACUUGCAAUUUCGAGAGAGAAAGCCCGGCAUGAUUAGGUGAAUUAUUCAAAUGGACAGCAAAAGGACUGAUGUUUGCUUCAUUACUUCCUGCAAGUUGUAACUAUACCACAAGACACAAGUCAAGGGGUCUGUCAGAUUUACCAACAGAUCAACUCUAGCAGAAUUCUUGAAUGUAUUACAGAGGAGAACCUUUCACAAAUAAAAGGAAACAUCAUAAAAGUCAUAAAUGGGGCAGUUGAGACAAAUUAAAUAUUUAAAAACAAAACAAAACAGUUUUAUAAGGAAAAAUAUAACUUUCAAAUAAUGGAAUUUUUAAAGACUGAUUGUUCUUGUCGAAAAUCAAAGAGUGUUCGGAGAGUUUCUCAUGUGAUUUAAUGCGUUCACAUAAUAUUUACCUGCACUUAUCUGGCGGGAGUUAAAAACAGCUAGGGUGUCCUUUGGUGCCAAUAACUAAAUAUUGCUGCUAGGUUCCAUUAGGCUGAGUCUACCUAAUGUCUGCAAAGGCCUGAAUAUACAUCUAUAAGCAUAUUUUUACCCUUGUAAGGCAAUCGGAAUAAUCUUGGUUUAUAAUUGAGAAUAUAACAAUUAGUUUUUAACAGUCGUGGGUAUUUUUAUAUUCAAAUUUUACCUGUACUUAAGGUAGGCUGUCUAUUGUUUUAUUAAAAUUCAGAUGAACUAGGCUCCCCAAAAAAUGCCUAAACUUCAAUUUCAACAUGAAAAUUUACUAAAUAAGUAUUAUUAGACUCUUCUUGUUAUUGAGGAACAUAACCUAUAGAUAUAUUUGCAAUUAUCCAGUGAAUAGUGAAGGGAGAUAUUUUUUUCUCAGCAAACAACAAAUGAUCCGUGAAAAUGUAUCGACUUGCAAAUAACUGAUGACUUGGUUUACUAACAAGUUUAGGUACAUUAUCCCUUAUCUCAAAGUCUUAUAUUGGGAGGGCUAUACAAGGUAUUUAUUUGGGCUAAUCCGACUAUACAAUUUAUUUAUAUGGGCUGAUCUGGAAAUUUAGAAAGUGGGCAAUUUAGUAACUCAUGUUAACUCUUAAUUGUGCACUAUCAACGUCGAGGAUCCCUGGAUGAGUACUUGGAGUUAAUUGAGUCUUAACUCCACCGGGAGCCUGAAAAUCUUUGUUUCCACCUUCUGGGGACAGAUCUGCAAAUAGGUGGCCUAUCUCCUCGCUAUUUAGUUCACUGCAUGGUCCCACUGCUCUCCUACCCUUACUCUAGACUAGAAGGGGAAAUCUCUCUCCCCACUGAACCCAAUCGAGCUGGUUUUGCUACACUGACCUCUUGCUCCACAUUGCUCACUAGAUGCACUUCGUCUAAUACGACCAUACAAGAUGGUGACUUUACAACAAACAAACUCAGAGGGCCUGUGUCCAUCCUGGUGUCCGCAUUGUAGCACUACUGAAUACACCUUACAGCGUUUGGAAGAGGUCUUCUGGACCUUCUGGCAUAAGCUACAGGAAUGUGUGAGAUUCUCCCUAACUAAGCCAUCAGAGUACAGACUGAGAAGCAUUUUGGCGAGGAAGAAAGGACCCCCUCAGGGUAAAUCAAGUCCACAAGCAUCACCCUAUUUUGUUGUCAACCUACCUGGGCCGAGAGCCUCACACGGUAUCACCUCUUCGCAUCGACCACACAGGCCAAAGUUAAUUUGCAGACAGAGGAAUUGGACAUCUAGAUCCUUCGACUGCCCCGGUGGGGGAAAAACUUUGUACCUGAGAGUCUCCAAAUCUGUGGACUAUGGAUGCUGACUCUUAUACAAGCUCGGGGCUGGAGGGAGUCCCAGCUCUGGUGACAUGGUACAGUCUGCAUGUGCUCUCCUCGGGGUGCACCAAUCUUGCCACCUGUGGGGAUUGGUUGAUCCAAGUUCUGGGUCCAUAGCUUGAGAUAUACUUGUAUUUAAUGGAUGCAGACGCCAUCUGGUCUUUGCAAUGUUAUCUAAGCAACUCAUUUUUAUAAUUAUUCUUUUUAUUGUUAAUCUUUUUAUUUCUCCUUUAACUUCCAUAUCAUAGGGUGCAGUGAUACAGAUAGGUCUAAAAUUUCAGUGGUUAACAGAGAGUCAAUGUAAGCAUCUAAGAGUCAAUCUAACAAGUCAUUUAAUGCCUAUUUUCUUUUCACUGUCUACAUGUCUAGUAAUUCUCUUUUAACUAAAUGUUUAGUAUUUUUGAAUUUUUUUUAUUCUUUAUUUUUGUGGGUGCAGCACAGUGAUUAAAUUCUCACGUGUUUGGCUUUACAAAUAAUAACAAUUAUUAACAAAAUUAAUAACAAUUAUUACACGCAAAUGGGAACUAACCAGUUUUAAUGUUUGAAAGCCUAUUUAGCCCUCUCUUGCCCAUUCCAGAGGGGGAUGUCAAAUAUAUGUUGGGGGGGGGCGCAUACUUAUAGCAGUAAGUGCCCAUAGGCUUAGUAUCGAGACAUUACUUUUAGCAAAAACAAAGGCACAUCAGGGUGGGUAUGUAACUAGUGUGGGACCUUCGUUAACUGGGCUCUGGUUAAUUUUCGUGCCAUUGCUGGGUAGGAAAGUCUAGGUUGCUAGCUAUGGGGUCAGUGGUAAAUUAAAGGCUGCUUUGCACACUCUUAAUUAGGAGGGGGAGAGUAACUUAACAUGAGAAACUAGUCAGUAGCUUCUAAAUGUUAAGUCUUAACCCAAGUGCUUAGUCAUGUUUGCUUAACGCUAAUGAAACCUUAAAAAAAUUGUUUGCAUAAACAAAAUGUCACCAAACGCAACAUUACCUGUUAUAUACGCUUUAUGCUACAUGUUUUACUAUGACGAUCUUGCAGAUGCUGUUGUGGCAUUUCAAGAUUCUUUGUAAUUUUAUUUUUGCACGGCAAAUAAAGAUUCACAAGAAAAAUAAAUAAAUAAAAUUACAAUUCCAUUGUUGAUUUUCACUAUUAUUGACCUCAUGCAAUGAACAUUUUGUUUACCAAUUGGCAAAUGGUAACAGGACAAAUAAAAAGUAACCAAUUAACCAAACCCAAAGCUCACAGUUCUUAGUAAUGUCCUCUCUUUGUUGGUCUAUAAAUAAUUCUUUCAUCUGUAAUUGUUUGCCUUUUUCACGAGUCCUUGAUUUGUGAGUCCAAAAACCCCAUUACAGUCCUGAGUCUAAUAAACUCUUUGAAAUCUUUGUUACAACAAAAUAACUUUUCCAAUGUUCAUGGACCUGUAAAAACAAAGCGGUUUUCCUGACACUAUAGUGCCAUGAGGAUGCCCCCACCCUCAGGGUCCCCCUCCUGUGGUACUGAAGGGGUUAAAACCUCUUCAGCCACUUACCUUAUUCCAGCGCCGGACUCCCUUGGCGCUCGUGACCUCUCCUCCCCUGUCGAUGUCAGCUCCCUCUCCCAGACGUCAGCGAAGCCGUGUAUUCAAGCUGUCAAUAUGAAAGCAUUUUUCAAUGCUUUCCUAUGGACGCUCUGUGCGAUGGAGACAUAAUAUGCCUUCAGCGUCGCAGAUGCUGGCUUAACCCUGCAAUGUAAACAUAGCAAUUUCUCUGAAACUGCUAUGUUUGCAUCUGAAGGGUUAAAACCUGAGGGACCUGGCACCCAGACCACUUCAUUGAGCUGAAGUGGUCUGGGUGACUAUAGUGUCCCUUUAACUCUUUAUAUUUACAUCACUUUGCAUAAAUUAUCUUGCAAUGUUCUUAAAGGAACACUCCAGGCACCAUAACAACUUCAUCUAAAUCCAAGAGCCCCUUGGAUGCACUCAUCUCAGGGAGUUAAACUGGUCUUGAACAGUUAAACCACUUAGUGAGCCUCCAGUGCCAAUCUCAUCUCCCCACAGACGGCAUCUGGUUUCUGACUUUUCAGUUUCAGGAAGUGUAGAGUGCCACCCGGGAGGGGCACUGCAGAUUCAGUGACUCCUCAUUCAUAAAACUGGCUUGGAAAAUGUAUAUUUCUUUCCAAGCCAGUUUAAAGAAUGGGGGGGGGGGAAUCACUGAUUUGAGAUCGGCGCUGGAGGCUCAUUUUCAGCUUAAACCAUUUCAGAAUGGUUUAACCCCCUGAGGUAAGAGUGUGCCCAGUGGUUUCCUGGCACCAUAACAACUUCAUUUAUAUAAAGUUAUGUUGCCCAAACUGUCCCUUUAACUAUUUUCUAUGUUCUUCAGCGAACUUAAAAGAAGAAGCGAGAUAUGGUUCACACAAAAUGUUUUAAUUAAGUUCUUGUCAUCAUUUCAAAAUAAAAUUCUUCCACCACCUUAUUUUUCUACAUCCUUUCUCACAAACUCCUAUUAAUAUUAUAUGAUUUUUGAUACACUGGGGUUAUAUGCAGACUAGGGGAGAGCACCUCUCCCCACAGCGGUGAGGAUUGACCCAAUAAAAAUGUGACUUCCAUAACUGGCAUAAGAGAACCCUAAUCUAUACUGAUAAAAUAUUAUUACACAAAAUGUGUAUCAAAUACUUGUAAUUCCUUAACUAAGGCCUCCUAUGUG